AUGACCAGUGUUGAACGAGGUGAAAAUGUAACCGUUCUAGCCUGUAUGAAUGCAGCAGGACAGUACAUACCUCCAUUUGUUCUAUUCAAAGGUGUGCGUAAACGUGACGAUUUUCUUCUAGGUAUGCCACCUGGUACUGAAGUUGCCAUGACAGAAAUAUUCGUUCAUCCACCAUCAGAGGAUUGGAUUCAGUGCAAUGCCUGCGAAGAAUGGUGCCACGAAAAAUGUGCUAAUAGGGGGGGGGGGGGAAAGGACCAUGUAUAUGUGCAUUAUGUGCCAAUAAUUAAAAUUGAUCUCAUUAUUAAUUUUUUACUGAUUCCAAAGCUAUAG